AUAUUCUCUUUUUUCGCAAGUCUUGUUCACCAAUUCAGUUUUUCAUAAAGAGACAGGGUCUUUCUUCCAGAGGAUUAACCUUACGUUUUCCAAAUUUUGUAUAGUUUCAAGUCUGCACUAGUUCGUUUUCCUUAGCGAUUAAGGGUACCCCAAUCGGUCUCAAGCUUGAACUUCGUUUGUCUCUGACCUUGUCAAACGCGGGGACUCAACCCAGGCGCGGGUUUAUUGGAUUCUGGUAGAACAGAGUUUGUGCUUGUCGUGGUAAGGAUCGGAAAUGUUGGGAGAUUUCAUAACUCGAUGUCUUAUAUUGCUUCUGGGGUACGCGUAUCCUGGAUUUGAAUGCUACAAAACUGUGGAGAACAGCAGGGCUGGUAACGGUGAACUUCGAUUCUGGUGUCAAUACUGGAUCAUUGUAGCACUUUUCACAGUACUGGAGAAUUUUGCAGAUGUUGUUAUUGGAUGGCUUCCCAUGUAUGGAGAGUUGAAGCUUGCACUGUUCAUCUACUUGUGGUAUCCGAAAACUAAGGGUACCGGAUAUGUUUAUAAUGCAAUUUUGCGUCCUUAUGUGUCAAGCCAUGAAAAUGACAUUGAAAAAAAGUUCCGAGAGUGGCGAGCUAGGGCCUGGGAUUUGGCCAUCUUUUACUGGCAAAACUGCACAGAGUUGGGGCAAGCGACAACUUUCCAGAUUCUAGAUUUUUUGGCUGCUCAAUCUAAAAAGUUUUCCAGCAAAUCCUAUGCUAAGAAAAAGGAAAAGAUGGGUCCAACUCCAAGCGCUCCACCAUUGUCUUCAAUUCGAGAUUCUCUCUUUGAAAACAAUUAUAACAAUUCUUCAGGUCGCAAGAACAAGAAAGGAGACUAAGAACCUUUGAUAAAGCAGAGUUCUAUACAGAACUGUGUAACAUUUUUUUGUACAUACUUCAACCCCGUAACCACUCUGAUUCUGCUUGUAAUAUAAAGAAUGCUUUGCUUUUGUCCCUUCUCUUUUGAAACACUUCAAUUGAUGAUUCAUUCUUUCAUUCA